AUGUUUCAUUUAAUGAAUAAAUGGUCUACUUUGUUUUGGAACAUUUUUAGUGUAAUUUCUAUCGAUUUAAGUUACAAUAAAUGGCAAAUCGUUUUUUCUACGUCAUUAAUAAUAACAUCUAUUUAUAACUUCUACAUUACACCUAAUGUUGUAUGUGCGCUUGACGGGAAAUGCGAUGGUUCUUUAUCUACUGUAAUAAAAGGACUGUUUAUAAGGGUGGUAUCAAGUACUUGUGUGAUAUCAAGACUGGUUAUAUUUCUCAAAGGUAAUAGUAUUUUAAUACAGUACAAGAAAAAUAUAGAAAAGUUUCACCUAUUCACACCAAUGACUCAAUUUGAAACGGAAGUAUUAAAAAAAGUAUCAUCUCGAAUUGUAUUAUUAUGUUUACUACUAACUGUACCGGUAAAUUCUUUUAGAUUGUGGAAGAUGUUAUAUAGAUCGGAUUUUACAAUAUUCAUUUUUAUCUUUAUGUAUAUUCAGAACAUGAGUAUGUAUUGUAUUGAAACUCAUUUUACCAUCUUGUGUUUUAUCCUCUACCAAAAAUUCGUUGGGAUCAACAAAGAUUUAAUGGCACUUAAGAUCGAUACUGUCGUACGAAACAAAUACCCGUUCAUGCUACGGGCAAGAGAAAAAUACGGGAAAAAUUUGAAUACCGUUGAUUACAACAGAGAUGUUCUACAAACGCUGGCUGCCGGUCACUCGAUAGCUAAUUUUGUCGAGCAAUUAAAAGUUAAACACAGAUUGGCUCGCGAAGCAGUGAACAACUUAAACGAUUUAUUUGGCGUCCAAUUGGGAUUGUCAAUGUGUUCACUAUGUCUGUUCUCCAUGUUCGAUCUGUAUUAUCAUAUCCGGGGGAUAAUGAAUCCAACUAAAUCUAAUAUACUGAUAUACGGUUGGAUUUUACAAUACUCCGUACGAUUUGGAUCCGUUACAAUUUUAGCACACCUAACAUCGAAACAGGCACUAAAAUCAAAGAUACUCAUAACGGACAUACAUAAUCGUUAUUUAGACAAGAAUACAAAAGAAGAGAUACAAUUGUUCCUGAAUCAAAUGUGCAGUUGUGUGAUUGAAUUUACUGCUUGCGAUUUCUUCACUUUAAAUACUCAUCUAAUCACAUCUGCAAUUGCUGCUGCUACAACAUAUCUUGUUAUAUUAUUACAAUUCAAUUAGGUUAACAAUUUUUAAAUUAAAUUUAAAUUGUCAAAUAUUACAAUAAUAAUAAUUAAAGUAAUAAUUAUACCAAAACAUUCAUUGUAAGUAUUACAACUACGAAUAUCUAUGCUCGAAGUUCCUCCACUGGGAGGCUGAAACACAUUUUUUUCUCUCAUCACAUUCACUUAUAG